AUGUGGUGGAUGUUGUUUCCUCGGUGGAUCUGGUUCUUGGCUUGCGUCUCAGUGUGGAAAACUCCCUGCGCCGGAGCCAUGCCCGCCAAUGGAGCUACUUCGCAUGCGGGUAUCUGCCCAAAUGAAAUGAACCCCAACCUGUGGGUGGAUGCUAUGAGUACCUGCACCCGGGAGUGUGAAUCUGAUCAGGAGUGUGAGACUUCCGAGAAGUGUUGCUCCAAUGUGUGCGGGAAUCAUAGUUGCGUGGCAGCACGCAACGCAGAUGGGAAGAAGGACCUGGUGGUCAUGCCCAAGGAGGCCACGUGUGCCAGCUUCGUGUGCACCCAGCAGGGGUCGGAGUGUGAUAUCUGGGAUGGCCAGCCGGUCUGCAAAUGCCGGGACCGCUGCGAGAAAGAGCCCCAUUUCACCUGCGCCUCCGACGGCAUGACCUACUACAACAAGUGUUACAUGGACGCUGAGGCGUGCUCCAAGGGCAUCACCCUCUCCGUGGUCAUCUGCCGCUUCCACUUAACCUGGCCCGACACCAGCCCCUCUUUGCCUCAGCCGACCACGUUUCGACCCACCACGGCUCCUCUUCAGGCAACCAUCCCACCUCCGUCUGUGCCUCAGCCACCCGUCUUGGUCAGCGGUCCCACGCACCAAUACGUGAACCUGGGUGACACGGCCAGCUUCCUGUGCGACGUGACAGGGCGCCCGCGACCAGAAAUCACCUGGGAGAAGCGGCAGCAGGAGGCGGCGGAGAGGGUGGUGAUGCGGCCCAAUCACGUGCGAGGCAAUGCGGUGGUGACAAACAUCGGUCAGCUGGUCAUCUACAACGCCCAGCCGCACGACUCGGGCGUCUACACCUGCACAGCCCAGAACCCCUAUGGCGCCACCCAGGCCGACCACCUGCUCACCGUGCUGCCCGCCGAGCCCCCAAAGAUCACCGAGCCAGCGAAUGUGAGCCGCUGUCUGCCCGAGGAGUGUCUGAAACCCCCCGAUGGCGGGGAGGACUGCGGCAGCGAGCAGGAGAGAGUAAGCUGGUUCUACGAGUCAAAGAACAACAACUGCUUCUCCUUUACACACUGUCACAACAACAACAAUAACAACAACAACAAACAAAGGAAGGUGUUUGACACGUACGAGGAGUGCAUGCAGUGCUGUGGUCCAGAGCUCUCGGGCCCCUGCAGCCUCCCCAGCCUCCAGGGACCCUGUAAGGCCUACGAGCCUCGCUGGGCCUAUAACGCCGCCCUGCGGCAGUGCCAAUCCUUCAUCUACGGUGGCUGCGAUGGCAACGUCAACAACUUUGAAUCCAAGGAAGCCUGCGAAGAGAUGUGCCCCUACCCAAAGAACCACCACUGCAAAGCCUGCAAGCCCAGGGGCAAGAUGGUGACCAGCUUCUGCAAGAGCGACUUUGUGAUCUUGGGCCGGAUGACGGAGCUGACCGAGGAGAGGGACUCGGGCAGUGCCCUGGUGACCGUGGAGGAGAUCCUGAAGGACGAGAAGAUGGGCCUCCGUUUUUUCGGCCGGGAACCCCUGGAGGUCACCUUCCUUAACAUGGACUGGAGCUGCCCCUGCCCCAACAUCACUGGCGCCGCGGCCGAGGGCCAGGUCAUCGUCAUGGGCAACGUGAACGAGGGGAAGGCCAUCCUCCAGCCGGAGAGCUACGUGGGCGCCUCCAGCCCCCGCCGCGUACGGAAGCUCAAAGAGGUCAUCUCAAAAAACACCUGUGACAUUCUCAAAGACAUCACCAACAGUCCCCAAUAG